GAUAAAAAAAUAAUGCUACUUUCUUUGGAUACUAAGCUCCAAAACAGAAUGCUCGCUUUUACAUACAUUUCGUAAAAUACACUCCAUUUAAUAUCCGCUCAGAGUAAAUGGACCUCUUACAUCAUCAUUUUUGAAAUUGUCUCAAUUUCUCAUGUUCGGAACCAUUGAAUAGUAAGAGUUUUUCUUAACUUGAUAACUGUACAUCCGUAGGGAUUAUGAUUAUUUUGCUUCUUCACUUGUGGAUUCUCACGUUCUCUCAUCUCACGCUUAGAGAACUGAAUGCCGUGGGAAAGGACACAGUAACAUGAUUUCAAGCGCAGCAUACCUAAUUACUUUCCAACUUUUGUUUCUAAUUGGUUUUGUUGAACCAACGGUUAAAAGACCACAUGCCGUUGAGUGGGAACACCAAGAAACACUAUUUGCUAAACUGACAAAUAAAGAGAAAUACAAUCAUAGGCUUAGGCCAUAUGCUACUAGAAAUGCUGUGAGAGUGAAUAACAGUAUGUUCAUUUACAGUAUAUCAUCUAUUGAUGAAGUGAGGACUGAAUAUUCGAUGCAAAUAUUAUAUAGACAAACUUGGAUCGAUGAGCGAUUGAAAUUUCCACCAAAUUCUAGUGUUCCAAAAAUUGUAGGAGACAAUUGGCAUGCUCAGCGGAUAUGGACGCCUUCUAUCCAUGCUGUCAACGAUAAAGAAUUGGGUUCUUUUACUUCUGGUGGCGCGGAAGGUACAAUUCUUAUGCAUAUCCAUCCAGAUGGACAAGUUUUACUCAGCAAGAGGGUCAAGCUUCGAGCAUAUUGCGAAAUGCAAUUUUAUAGAUACCCCAUGGACAAACAGCAGUGUACUUUGGAAAUAGAAAGCAGUACUCUUCCAAAUACUGCUUUAGAAUUGGCAUGGUCUGAACAGAGAGCUUUAGAAUUGAAUCAUAAAUUUCUGCUCACAGGUUUCAUAUUGACGAAUUAUACUCUAGAAAACAUUAUAUUUUCUUAUCAGGACACUGGCAAUUUCAGCCGGAUCACGGUCCGAUUCAACUUUGAAAGGGAAUUUGGCCAUUUUGUCCUGGAUGUUUAUAUUCCAACUAUGUUGUUUGUGGUAACUUCGUGGCUGUCCUUCUACAUAGAAAUCCCAGCUGCACCUGCUAGAGUGACCCUUAGUAUAACCACUAUGUUGACUCUGGUAACGAGUGAAAGAGCUAUACGAGAAAAAUUACCUAAAGUAUCCUAUGUCCAUGCUCUUGAUAUAUGGAAUGUCGUUUGCACAGGGUUUGUGUUUGCAUCCCUAGUUGAAUAUGCUUUAGUUAACUACAUAUAUCACAAAGACAAAAGGAAAAGGAAGAAAAACGUCGGUAUGAAAAGAGCGGAAAGUACCGCUACAUUUUGUUCAAUGGAGAGCGACACUGGAUCUAAUUUAAAAGUAUUUUCCAAAAAGGGAGAAUUAGAGCCUGGAAUGCCAAACAAGAAAGCUGCGUCCUUUGCCUCUUUCGCUGAUGUGCAGAGUGUAAACCAGAUGGAAAUUACUUGUGGCUGGCCUCUGGAUGAAUUUAAAAUGACUCCCCAAGAUAUUGCGAAUAGCAUAGAUAGAAAAUGCCGUGUUAUCUUUCCAGCAGGAUUUAUAGUUUUCAAUAUUAUUUAUUGGUUAGUUUUGUUUCUGUGAGAAUGAUUGCAUCGAAGUCUGCUGUACUUCAAGAACAGUUAAAUUUAGUUAGAAUUUCUCCAGGUAUAGCGAGUAGGACAACGAAAUUCUUUGGAGUGCAUUAUCUUAUAAAUAUUCUGAAGGAAAUUGUACAACAAUUUAUUUAGAAUACUUAUAAGACAAUCGUUUGUAUAUAAAUAAUUUGCAGUUCUUUUUUUUAAUUAUUGUUCUAUAAACUGUCAUUUGUAACUUUUUAUCAUAAAUUUGUAUUUGUGAAAAACAACACUAUGUAUUUUUCAAGGGAAUCUAUAAAUAAAGUAACUUUUUUAAAUAACAUACUUUUAUUCAG